AUGCUACUCGUCGGCAGGCGCGAAAAUAAAUAUUAAUCCAGCCGUUGGUGCAGGGCCGUCGUCCGUCUGUUAUAACGAGUCGCGCGUUUAAAUAGUAUACGAACGAGCGUGUCGUGCAAACGACAAAAGGACGACGAGUGGGGGAGUGUGCGGAUGUGUAUCGUAUAUAUAUACAGUAGUGGCUGCGAUAUACAUUAAACAAGAGUUUUACGACUCUGCGCGCAAAGCUGUUUAAAAUUCCUUAGACGCCCGUGUGUGCGUUUGUGCUUGUGUAUAUAUAUAAGAGAGAGAGAGAGAGUAGUAACUCAUUAGUGCAGCUAUACCCAGUGCAGCUGCCGCUCGCGAACAACUGCAAAGACAGCGAAUAGAGGAGAGCCUGCGGCGAAAAGUUCACCAAAUAUAGUUUAUAUACCUAUAUAGGUGCGUUAUACAGUACCUUCCGCGGCGGCAACAACUGCCUCUGCCGCUGUUGCGCGUCAGUCUUCUGCUGCUGCCACUGCUGCUUGCAGCGUAAAUGUGCAGUAGGGUAUACUUACUACCUUGUUGCACACUCGCGUAUACACAGGGCAGUUCUUCGUAUAUACAUCACUGUGUCAGCAGUGUAUCCUCUCGCAGUCCUUGGAGAGCCAUGGAUAUCGCGUGCACGAGCUUGUCGUGAUGUAAAGUCGAGGGUUCGUAUAUAUUUCGGAGCUUCGGCAUCGUCCCACACUCGAAUACGAUAUACGGAGCACGAGACAGCAUUGUAAUAAUAACAACGAUACUUAAGGACGGCUCGUGCGUCGAGGUAUCAUGUUUAUCGAGCGCAUCGGCGAACGGGGCGCAGAAAGGGAAGAUAAUAGAUAAAUAUAUUGCGUAAAAAGCUGUGCCAGCAGCAGCAGCAGCAGCAGCAGCGGAGCAUUGUCUCGACGCCUCCGCGUUUAUACAUUAGUCAUCCGCGCCACCGGAUCAUUGUUGCUGCGUCCGCAUAUCUAAUGUGCGUGUAGUGCGAAACACGCUAUCAGCUUAUUCUCAUGUACGCCCUAUACGUUCGACGAGCCUUUGAAUGAUCGAACGACACCACCACGGAGUCGAAUCGGAGUCUGCGGCAAGUGGCAAUUGAUGAUCAGCAACAACGAGGUCGACGCUCCUCGUUAUAAAGCAAACGCACGCAAUCGAGAGGAGAAGAAGAAGAAGAAGAAAAUAUAUAUAUAAAAAAACGCACUGACGCACAGAGACGCACACAGUAGUGCCAGGGCGCAGAGAUUUCCGUCGUUCGUUCGCCGGUGCUGUGUAUUAUUAUUGAUGUAUCUCUCAUCGUCACGCGACGACAGUAUCUUGCCGAGUAAUAUAUAAAAGCACACAUAUCGAGCGACUGUCUCGCCCGCUGAUCGGCGUCGCAUUCAUCGUUCUAGUCAGUGCUUUGGGAGUCCGAUUAUAAAAUAAAUAUACACACACACACAUACACGGACACAUAUAUACGAACGCGCGCUUUAUGGAAGUACGUCAAUUGAUCGAAAUGACGGAGGGCAUGCCGUCAUUUUGAGAGAGAGAGAACCAACGGACAAGCCUACAUCUGCAAACGCUCUCGGGAGCUUUUUCCAAUUAGUGAGAAUUUAAUACUCGUAUAUUAAGCCUUUAAAAAUAGCAUCGAUCCGUUGCUUCUGUGCAGUUAUUAUUGCUUGUUUUAAAAGAGCGACGAGUGUGUUUGUGAUGGCAAUCAUGACACCACCUCUGUCCUUCGAAGUCCUUCUCGUGGCUUUUUUACUGAUAUUGCCUUUCCUUUACGAGGCCAAUAGAGCUUUCAGGUAUUACUUCAAGUUUUUGAUCUACUAUGGAGUCACUAUGGUAUAUGCUGUUAUUCUCAUCCCUAUCAUGAUGUUCCGUCCGAAAAAUGUGAGGAAUUUAGUAUUGGCAUCUUCUAUUUGUCGUUAUACCAGUAGUUUGCUAGGAAUUAGGUGGCAAUUGAGAGGUCAAGAGCAUUUAGAGAAAGAGAGAGCUUGCAUCAUUGUAGCUAAUCAUCAAAGCUCGCUAGAUAUACAAGGCAUGUUUGACAUAUGGCCAAUCAUGGAUAAAUGUACUGUAGUAGCUAAGAAGGAGAUUUUUUAUGUUUGGCCCUUCGGUCUUGCAGCUUGGCUCUGCGGGCUUAUUUUUAUUGAUAGAAUGCAAUCAGAUAAAGCAAGAGAUACUAUCAAUACAGCUGUUGAGCAUUUGAAGGAGAAUAAGAUCAAAUUAUGGAUCUUCCCUGAAGGCACAAGACGAAACACUGGUGAAAUACAUCCUUUCAAGAAAGGAGCUUUUCAUGUGGCCAUUAAUGCCCAGUUACCAAUUUUACCUGUUGUAUAUUCUUCAUAUUACUUCAUGUCAAAGAAAGAAAAAAGAUUAGAUUCUGGUCGGGUAAUUAUAACUACUCUACCUCCCAUUUCAACAGAAGGAAUGGAUGUGAAUGAUGUUCCUAAAUUAAUGGAAAAAACGAGAGAAUUAAUGACUCAAACUUUUCAUGCAACGAAUCAUGAAAUACAGCUAUCAAUGACCGCUAAAAAACAAAUUGAUCGAUAAUUUUAAGAUUUUAUGAAUUUAGUAAUUUAGUUUACAGCUUUCGUCAUAUAGGAAAAUAACAUAAGUAAGUUUGCGAUUAAAUAGAAGGUCGUAUUCAUUCACUUGAUAUUAAUGAUCAACAUUCAUAUUGACAAAAGCUUUUAAAUUUAACUUUAGAGCCAGAACACAUUUUUCUGGUUUUCAAGCAUAAUUCCCAGAGUACCUUUUUUGAAGAAAAAAAAUAGACACAAAAAAGUGUAAGGUUUAAAAACGUCAACUAGUCCUCCAAAACUCUAUUCCAGUGUGGUAUACCAGUUUGUAAGAGAUUUAUUUUUCUAAAAGCAUAAUAUUUGUUAAUAAGUUUUUCAAUGAAACAAAAUCACUUAUAAUUCAAGUCCAUUAUUUUUAAUUAUUUUUAUCAUUUCAGUUUCAAGUCUGACUAAAUAUUGUUAAAAAUGUACUACAUCCUUAA